AUGAGCGAAGAUAUAAAAUAUAUAGAACUCAACAACAAUAUUAAUAACAGAAAAGAGAACAAUAUUGUAAAUAGUAUAUCCAUUCCAACGGAUAACUCCAAUUUGAAUAUAUGGUCAAAGGUAGAUAAUGUAUGUGAUGUGAAAAAUAUUUAUAAUAUAAAAAAAGAAGAUGUUAUAAUUGAAGAGUAUAUGGAUAUUAAUAAAAGUAGUACAAUAAAUCUAGAUCAUAAUAAACAAGUUAAUAUAUAUAUUGAAAAUAGCGAUCUUAAUAAAAAAAUAUAUACAUGUCAUACAUGUAAUAUACAAAUAUAUAAUUAUUCCUUCUUUCGUUAUCAUUUUAAAUCCGAAUGGCAUAAAUAUAAUUUGAAAAGAAAAUUAUUAAAUCUACAUUCAGUAAAUGAGUUUGUUUUUAAUGAAAAAUUAAAAAAUUUAAAAAAAAAUGAAGAUCAAGAAAAUCAAAAGAAAGACAAAAGAGAAAAUCAAGGUAGCCAUUUAAGUCAUAAAAAACGUAAUGAAAGUAAUAAAAAAAAAAAGGAAAAAAAUAUCACUAAUUUUAAUAAUAUUAAUAAUAAUAAUAAUAAUGUGACCAAAUCGAAUAAUCAUACCAAUGAACAUAACAAUCAUUCAAAUGUUUCAUCCUCCUCAAAUAAUAACAAUAUAAAAUACGCUACAAAAGAAAAUGUACUUUUAACAAAAAAUAUUAAAUAUGAUAAUCCAGCUGUCUGUUUUUUUGAUAAUCGUAUUUUUAAUUCCAUAGAAGAAAAUAUAAAACAUAUGAAUGAUACUUAUACAUUUUAUAUUCCUGAUUUAAAAUACGUAACGAAUGUGAAAAAAAUCCUAUUAACAAUUGGAAAGAAAAUAUAUGAAGAAAAUAUAUGUAUCUAUUGUUUUAAAUAUGCCAAAUGUGUUAAAUCAUUACAAGCACAUAUGGUUUGUAAAAGCCAUACGAAGUUACAUACCAAUUUUAUGGUCUAUAUCCAAAAAUAUUAUGACUUCUCAAAAACUUAUGUUGAUUUAUUAAAUAAAUAUAUUAAUAAUAAACAAGAUAAAAAAUUACUCCUCUAUAUGUUAAAUCACGAACAAAAUAAAGAUAAACAAUUACAAAUUCAUGAUAAUAAAAAUCAAAAUCAUCUUAAUGAGAACCAUUUGGAAAAUAACAAUGUUCUUACGAAAAAGAAACUUUGUAAUGAUACAGACAAUAAUUCUGAUGACUAUCCUAAUGAUGGUUAUAUAUUAAAAAAAGAAAAUAACCAAGAUACAUCUUUAUCAAACUCUUAUGAUAAUCAUGAUCAUACCAGUGAUGAUAAUAAUAGCGACGAUUAUAAAAUAAAAGAAACAGAUCUAAAUAAAAAUAUUGACUAUAAUAAAAUUUAUCAAGUAUUAGAAGAAUUUGGAUACAUCAAACCUGAAUUAAAUGAAUAUAACAAUUUAAUCCUACCAGAUGGUUCAGAAGCCAUCAAUAGAAAACUUGCCUACAUAUUUAAACAAAAACUACCCUUGGAAAAUAAAACAAACUUUUCUUCCAAAUAUCAUCAAAUCGAUGUUUUAAAAAAUAAAAAAGACAAACACUUACAACAACGAAAAUAUAAAUAUUAUAUUGAUAUUAUGAAGAAAUAUAAUUUAAAUCUAAAUUUGAAGACAAACAAUUUGAACAAGUUUUACAAAAGUGAUUCUAUCUUCUUCCUCUAA